UACUGACCGAUCCCGCCUUCUUUAUGGCGACGGCACAGUUCCUGGAGGUGUAUUCAACUGACAACGUCGAAGAAAGCGACAUUCAAGAGAUACCCGAACUACGCGGAGCAGCCUCCCCCGUGAAUGCUCGAGGCGGUGGUAUCAGCGGCGAAGCUGCUAUCAACGCAUUAAAACUCUACCGCGAGAAGGAAAAACUUCGACGACGCAAGCAGCGCCAACGUAUCAAAGAUGAAAUCGAAAGCCUACGACGAAUGAGCGAUAUUUUGAGUCUGCAACUCAAGAAUCUGCAACUCAGCAAAGAAGUUAAACACUCUGCUUCAAGCCACCAAUUUUCCAUUUGGAAGGAGAUUGCUCUGGUACAGCGUGAGGAGCGACAGAGAUCGGAGGCUGAGCAGAGGCGGUUGACGAUGAUGGCAAAUACUCAAGCGGCGUAUAUUGACAACCUGCGCGGGUUGCUCCACCUUCGACAAAAGCCUGCUAGGCUCCAUAUCAACAUGAAGGACUCUAAAGCCAGUGACACGAUGGAGCCUCCGCUCGAGAUGUCGGAUCUGCCUCUGUUUACUUCGCUUCUUCAAAAGAUCGACGCGUGCUAUGCCCGUUUCGACGAUGUAAUGAAUCGAACGGGUCUGUCAACUAUGCCUUUGGGGGAGGUAAACACAACGCACUGGUGCAACGAAAGUGGCGAGUUGGAGUACCAUCAAAAACUGCAUAAAUUUGCACAUCCUUUAACUGUGGACAAAGCUCUUGCUGCGAUCUGGAAAGCGUUUGAAUUUGAGCUACACCAGCGCGAUCGUCAGAUUUACGACGGACUUGGUCAUCCCAACACUACAUUUGCGAUGAGACACCGCCUGGUCCGGACAUUGGCAAGUGGAACACCUGUUUCUGUGAUUCAGCGGCGUGUUAUUCGUCAGUUUUGUGAAGAGGAUCGAGUUGUCUGUAUCUGGAAAGUGUACACAGAAGGUGAGGGUAUUUUUCGUGGGAUGCAUUCAACUCUUACUGGAUGGGGCAGUGUGCGAGCACUGCCGGAUGGACCUGGAACUCAAGCCGAAGUUUGUAUUCGCCAAUUCCCAGUCCUCAUGAAUGCAGCACCGUCAGUUACCAGCGAAUUUCACAAGUUUCUCCGCAUGACGCUCGACGAGGACAAGAAUUCGUUAGGGACUUGUGUCGAGAUCCCGUAG